UUUCUUUCUUCAUAUCUUCUCACAUUUCACAAAGUUUCCCAAGAUAUUUUCUCUCUCUCUCGUUCGCUCUGUCCCCAAAUACCCCCUUACAAAAUCAACAGCGACAAAGCAAAGACUAGUGUUCCAGCUUUGUUUAAGUACAUUUGAUUUCGUGUUUACCUGUUUCGGUUUCGAAGCUUUAAGCAAGCUAUGAGCUUUUUGUAGUUCCGUUUUUCAUUUUGGAAGGCGGAGAGAGAGAGAAAGAGAGAGAGAGAGACGCAGGGACGGUUUUGGACGGCUGAGAUGGAUCGGGAAGGAGGAUCCCACGGCGGAUCCUGUUAUUACUCCGUUCUCGGGAUUCGCAAGGACGCCUCCUUCUCUGAUAUCCGCACUGCGUAUCGUAAGCUUGCUAUGAAAUGGCAUCCGGACAGAUACGCCAGAAAUCCGGGGGUCGCCGGAGAAGCGAAACGCCGGUUUCAGCAAAUUCAAGAAGCUUAUUCAGUUCUCUCCGACGAGACCAAGAGAUCAAUGUACGACGCCGGUUUCUACGAUCCAUUGGAAGAAGAAGACGAAGACUUCUGUGAUUUUAUGCAAGAGAUGAUCUCGAUGAUGAACAACGUGAAAGACGAGGGGGAUAGCUUCGAGGAUUUGCAAAGGAUGUUUGCGGAAAUGGUCGGCGGAGAUGCCAUGAGCUUCGACGUCAACACCGAAACGUCGGAGACGAAGAGGGCACGUGUCUCAAAAGGCAAUGCAGCGAAACGGAACGGUUCUCGCUGUUGACCAGUGGCGGCCGCCGUAUCAUGCAAACUGAACACCCCCACUGCCUCCCUAAUCCCACAAUUAGUAACUUAAUUUUAGGGCUAAUUUCCUUAAUUAAGGGAAAACGGGGGUGAAUUUAGGUUAUUCUAGGAAAAUUGUUGUGACUUUUUCUUAUUGUUAAUAAUAAAAUUUCCUCUUUAUUAAAUGUUUUAAA